UUUACAAGCGUCCACUAUUGUACCAUCUGCUACCUGAGUAGAAAUUGUAAGAUAAAGUUUACCUUGAAGGCAUUUAUCAGCAGAGAGAUCUGUGCCUUGUACCAACUGUGUAGCCAAUGAAUAUAUAUUAAUUUAGAUUUUCUCUGUACACAAAGAGCUUUAGCAUUUCAAAUAUGUUCAGUUGUAAGAUAAUUGUUAAUGUUUUAUUUUUGUUUUUUAUCGCUAAAACAAACAGUGAUGAGAACUAUUUGAACGUCACAACAGAAUCAAAUAACUUCGAUGUUUUAAUUUUUACACAACAUUGGCCUCAAACUGUUUGUUAUACGUGGCAGGAAAGCGCAGCAUCGAACGUGUGUUCAUUACCGACAAAACAUGAUGAGUGGACAAUUCAUGGCAUUUGGCCUUCUCAAUACAAUAAAAUCGGUCCACAGUUUUGUAAUAAAUCAAUGCCUUUUGACCCUUUAGCUUUAAAAUCGAUAGAAAGAGAAUUACAAGAAAAAUGGAUAGAUAUAGAACGUGGAAGAACAUCUUACUCCCUUUGGGAACAUGAAUGGGACAAACACGGUACUUGCGCCGUGAUCGUGGAAAAUCUAAAUAGUGAGGUCAAGUAUUUCAAGGAAGGUCUACAUUUAUUAACAAAUUAUGAUAUGAAAAAUUUAUUAGUAAAAAAGGAUAUCGUACCUGGACAAACAUAUAACACGACCGAUAUUUUGAAAGCUAUUGAAGACAUAUUAGGUAAACGAGGCUCAUUAAUGUGCAUAAAAAACAAGGACACUGGAGAAUCAUACAUAUUUGAAAUACGAAUAUGUUUUGACAAGAUGUUACAAUUAAUUGACUGUGAUAGAACUUAUGGAUAUCCUACGAACUGUGAUCUCUCUGGACAUGUAACAUAUCCUGAUAAAGUUCCACAAGGACACAACGUGGCACAGAAAUUACAAAUUUGGAACAUGAUUAUAUUUUCAAAUGUAUAUUUUCUCUUUUACCAUUAUUAAUUACAAAUACAGAAUGUUUUGAAAUGCUGCCUUUUUAUAAACAAUUUGUAGAACAUCUUACAAUGGUAUGGUAUCUUAAAAGUUACAUGGUUGACUGCAUGGAAAGUAAUAGCUGAUAUUUAUUAUGAUCAUUCUAUUUUUUUCUGAACAAUUAAAACUGCAGAUGGUGUCAGGCCUGGAAGUACAAUAAUAAUAAUAAUAAUUAAAUAAUUGAGCCUUGUACCCUUUUAUCUUUAUGUUAUUAUAAGAAAAUCAUAGCCAAUUCAGAAUAUCUUAAUAAAUACUACUACAUACUAGUAA